UCAUAAGGAAAACUGUAUGGACACAUAAAAGUUUCUCGAAAUCAAACAUAAUGAGAUUGAGAACACAUCAAACUGGUUCCUAAAGAUAUAAUACUAUAAAAAUAAAAUAACUCCCAUUUGAAUGCUGACCAGUCUGCGGACUCCUCAAUUAUCUAUGUUGCUCACGACUCCUAUAAUGUCUUCAUCUAUCACUCGGCAUUAUUUAAUAAUAAAACGAUGACUAAAUAGGAAAAAACACGACUGAGAGUAGGAAUAGGCACGGAACAAUUUUUCUUUUUGUUCGAAUAAUCCAUUAUUCGGGUCCAAUUCAAUUCGUAGUUAGUCGGAUAUUCGGUCCAUGGAUAUAAAUCGUACAAAUGAAAAAACUUUUAAAAAGUCCAAAAUAAUAUCAGUAAUAUUUUAUCAUAAAAAUAUUCUAAAACUUACACAAAAUAUAAUAUUUCUAUAACUUAUACAUCCGUUCUUACAAAUAUUAAUAUGAAUAAUUUUUUUUGUUUUUAAAUGGAUACUGAAUAGUAACAUUUGUUUUAUUUCAUAAACUAUAUCUAGAUUUUUGGUUUAAAUCAAAAUAGACAAUGAAUCAAAUAAAAAUGUACAGAUAUUUUUCAAUCAUAAAUAAGAGAAAAAUCAAAACUAAGAAAUGAAGAUGUCAAUUUCAAAGCGAAGAGAAGAAAAGUAAAAGCACAUACAAUGAGCACAAGAUUAAUGAAAUGAAAGUAGGAUUAGAAAAAGCAAGUAAGUUGCACAAGUGCAGACGAUGGAAGUUGACUUGUGAUUUAUUAGUUGCCGACGACUAUUUCCAAAAAUAAUUAUUUUCGAAAACAAAUUAACAAAACAAAACAAAAAAAAAGAGAGAGAGAGAGAAGAAAAAGACAAAAAGGAACGGAUCUUUGUUCCUUGUUUCCUUGUUUCUUCUUCGUAUAAUCGAAGAAAGCUCUGACAUUUCCAAAAAUCUCGCCUCUCCAAAUUUCUUUCCUUUAAAAGUAAAAUCAAAACCUUUUUUCUUUCAGUUUCUGUAGCGAGGAGAUGUGAAGAGUCUUUACACUCAAAGAGCGUGAAACCUUGAAUCGAUGCAAAGGUUUCAAAGUCUUAACAACAACCAAACAAAAAAAGGUUUCAAAGUCUUAACAACAACCAAAAAAAAAACUCAUUCCUUUCCAUAAUUAGAAAGUUUAGACUUUGAUUCUCCAAAAGAGGUUUUUUAAUUUGGUCGACAUAAGAAGAAGAAGCUGGUGGUGAUGGAGAGUCAGGAAGAAGAUGAUUGGUUCUCAGAUGCACGUGAAGAGGUAUCCGAUUACAACUCCCAAGUGGAAGAAGAAGAAGAAGAAUUUGUUCAAGCAAGUGGCGAUUUAGACCUCUGGACCAUGAAUCCCGACAGCGUUACUAACCGUCGUCACAAGUUUUUCCAAUCUAUGGGUUUCAGUUUCAAAAAGAGAGACCUCCUUCUUCCUUGUCCGGGAGACGACGACGUUAUCGUUCCCGUCUCCCAACCAUUGAACUCUGUCUCUGAGGAGGAGGAGAAGUUGUUGAGGAACGAAUCUAUCUCCUCUCAGUCCGAUACAUCCUCUGUUUCAUCUUCUCGUUUCAGAGGAGGACGGUUUCUGGACCGGGCCAAGCACAUUGAUGAUCGUAUCUUCUUGACCAGAGACUGUUCCAGUAACAGCGAGGGAUUGAGCGAGUCUGGUUCCAGUAGUAGUAGAUCCGCAGAUUUACAGAGCUCUCCGUCUAGUCGCUACGAGGAUUCGCCUAAGAAGGGUGGCGCUGCUAAAGGGUGGUUGAAGAAGUUAGGUGUCUUGACUCAUCUUCUUGACGUUGACGUUGACGGUGACAGUGAUGGAUCUUCUCUUGGAUCAUCGACUAGAAGACAACUAACUCGAGUCCAGUCUUUCAAGAAGCAGUUCAAGGAGCUCUCGUCUCUAUGCGUAGGACAAGAGUUCUCAGCGCAUGAUGGAUCCAUUGUAGUCAUGAAGUUUUCUCACGAUGGCAACUACUUAGCCACCGCUGGUGAGGACUGCGUUGUGAGAGUGUGGACCAUCGCGGAAGAAGAGAGGAGAGACAGUAUGUUUGAAGUGGCUGACUCUGAUUCCAGUUCAAACUGUGUUUACUUUGGGAUGAAUGACAAGUCGCAGAUUGAGCCGUUAAGCAUUGAGAACGAGAAACUCGAAAAGAGUAGAAGAUUGUUGAGGAAGAAGUCAGAGUCGACAUGCGCCGUGUUGCCUUCGAAGGUCUUUACUAUAUCUGAAACCCCUCAGCAUGAGUUCCGGGGACAUGGUGGUGAAGUCUUGGAUCUUUCCUGGUCGGACAAAGGGUUUCUACUAUCAUCAUCAGUGGACGAGACUGUUCGUUUAUGGCGAGUUGGCGCUUCUGAUGAAUGCCUCGGAGUUUUCUCUCAUAAGAGUUUUGUGACUUGUGUGGCAUUCAGUCCUGUGGAUGACAAUUACUUCAUAAGCGGAUCGACUGAUGGGAAAGUCCGUAUUUGGGAUGUCUCUAGUGUCAGGGUUGUUGACUAUACAGAUGUAAAAGAGAUUGUUACAGCUUUGUGCUACCGCCCUGAUGCUAAAGGUGUAGUUGUAGGUUCCAUGGCUGGAGAUUGUCUCUUUUACCAUACAAUUGAUAAUCAGCUGGAACUGGAUAGAGAGAUCAGUUUACAUGGGGGGAUGAAGAAGAAUAAGAAGAAGGUUCCUAGUAAAAGAAUCACUGGUUUUCAGUUUUUCCCCGGUGAUUCAGACAAAUUAAUGGUCACUUCUGCUGAUUCUCAAAUCCGAAUUAUCUGUGGAGUUGAUACAGUCUGCAAGCUUAAGAAAGCUUCAAGUCUUAGGACAACACUGAGCCCAACCUCUGCUUUGUUCACAUCGGAUGGGAAACACAUUGUGUCAACAAUAGAGGACUCAGGCAUUCAUGUUUGGGACUACUCUCAACCCAACAAGAAAGCUGCUUCUCCUCCUCAGAAACCCAAAACUAUCAGGUCUUAUGAGGGAUUUCUCUCAGACAACGUCUCUGUUGCCAUACCUUGGCUAGGCCAGGGGAAAGAGGAGGAUAGUGUCUGCAGUUUCAUUGCUGAUUUGGACAAAAAGUUUGCUCACUUGCCUUUGCCAGUGAGGGACUGUUUCUCUCAAGUGAAAGGAGCGACAACUUGGCCCGAAGAGAAGCUAGGAGUAGUAGCAGGUUCCGCUGCAGCAGCCAUUUCCGCUACGGCCAGCAGCAGAUCCAAGCUGAGGCUACUGAGGAGCGUCUGCCAGAACGUAAACAACACUUGUACGCCUCACCUGUGGGGGCUAGUGAUUGUGACAGCAACUUGGGAUGGUAGGAUCAGAGUGUUCCAUAACUACGGUUUACCAAUUCGGGUCUGAAGCAGAGUGUAUACAUUUGCAAACUGUUAGUGUAGAAUUAUUUGAUUUGAUUUGAUUUGAUAGAGCUCACUUAAAGCCUUCAAAGAGCAUGAGCUAAAGUGGGUCUCUUUGUAUUUGGUUCUAUAUGUAUAGGUGUGAGUGACACAUUAUUAUUAUCAUUAUUAUUGUGUGUACACACUGGGAAUUAAUAUACCACUCUUAACCGUGGUUUGAAUUUGUCAAUAACACAUAAGAUGUUACAAGA